AUGGCUCCUAAGCAGCAGCAACUGAUCAAUUACCGCAUGCGAGUCUACCUUAAGGAUGAUCGCGAGAUCGAAGGCGAGAUUCUCACCUUUGAUAAGCACCAAAACGUUGUUCUCGCCGACGCCGAAGAAUUCCGCACUCCCAAGCCCCAGUCUGGCCGAAAUGCUCCUGACCACCCUCCCAAGGAAAAGCGGACCCUCGGCUUGAUCAUCAUUCGUGGCUCCCAAGUCAUGUCUAUCGCCGUUGUGGGCAAGCCUCCCGCUAAUCCCACUGCUCGUCUUGCUACCAAGGGCCCAGGUGCUGGUGGCGCCGCUACAACUCUUGCCGCCGGCCCCGGUGUCAGCCGCCCUGCUGGUCGCGGUCUUCCCAUUGGACUCACUGGUCCUGCUGCUGGUGUCGGUGGCCCUGCGCCCGCUCUUCCUAACUCUUUCCCCGGCGGUCCCCCUCCUGGCUUUGCUGGCCGUGGAGGACCUGGCGGUCCCCCAAUCUACUCGUUUAUUAACUGUCAUGUUUCACAGCCGGUUUCUUCCCGCCUCCCGGUUUCCAAGGCCCUCCGGCUGCAGGUGGCCCUCCCCCCUACUAACUGGCAGCUUCCUCCCGGCUUUGCUCCUCCCCCCGGUUUCCAGCCUGGUCCUCCCGGCCAAGGUCGUGGCCACCCUCCCGGCUUCGGUGGCCAUUAA